CCGGUUUACGCAGGCGCAACCUGCGCGACGCAGCCGCGGUGGGCGAAAUUGGUCGGGAUGAAUGGUGGAGGGACAGAGACCCCUGUGAGUUAUGAGACCUCCCCGAGCGGCGGCGACAAGAAAAGGGACUCGGUUGGGACUGCGGGCUCGCCAGCGCACCUCAUUAUCAAGGACCUUGGAGAAAUUCAUUCAAGGCUUUUAGAUCACAGACCAGUUAUUCAAGGUGAAACGCGUUAUUUUGUGAAAGAAUUUGAAGAAAAACGUGGUCUUCGAGAAAUGCGAGUUAUUGAAAAUUUGAAGAAUAUGAUCCAUGAAGCAAAUGAGCACACUCUUCCCAAAUGUAGAGAAACAAUGCAGGACAACUUAAGCCAAGUUCUUCGGAGACAUUCAUAAUGACCAUUUAAUAGCUAGUGAAAAGCAGCAUAAACUCCAGUGGGAGGAUUUCAUGAAAGAACAACACAACAAACAGGCUGAAGUGGAUGAAGAACACAGAAAAGCCAUGGAGAGGCUUAAAGAACAAUAUGCUGAGAUGGAGAAGGACCUAGCAAAAUUUUCAACCUUUUAAGAACUUGAUCCACAGUAAUGAUAAAAUAAUAAGAAAACGUUGACUUCCCUCCAGAAAAACUUCCCACCAAACCAUUUAACCUCUGGUUCACACUUAGCAAUAUAUUCAGUGGCACCCUUACAUCAGAAGAAAGACACUUGUACUGGAGUCUAACUUAAAUGUUUAAUAGAAGAGUGCUACAUCUUUCCAGUUUUAAGUGCCUAUAUGUGAUUAUUUGAAUAGGAAGGAGUAAGAGGAAAAGUGGGAUAAAUUUACUCUUUGUUAAUCCGAAUUACUCAUCUUUUUUAUUGAUAAUCUCAGCUGUAAGCAUAGACUUAGAAAAAUAAUUUUAUUCAUUCUUAUACAGGGUUAGUAUUAGUUUGUUAUUGUGGCUGAGAAGGCAGACACAAUGGCUGCCUGUCAUUACCUCCUUGGCUAUUGGAAGAAUAUAGAAAGUAUGAUUCCACGAGUGAUGCAGACAAAAAACAACUGACCUGGAGCAGCGAUUGCAUUUAAGAGGGCAAAAGUUGCAGAACUUCAUCUCCACAGCAGCAAAGAUGGCCGUGUUGGUCUCUGGGCUGCGUGUUGGGAGAGGUUGCAGUGUUUUCAGUGCAGCAUAAUGCCAUGUGUUCCACUGAAUGACAAGACACACCUGUUAAGUUUUGUGGCCUUCCACCACUUAGUAUUUUCAGCUUUUAAAACAUGUUUAGGAGGAAAAGCUCACCAAAAAUAUAUUUGACAUUUAACCUUUCUAAGAACCAUAAUCUUAUCCAUAACAUUUACCUCAUUUUUGUGUCUGUUUUGCUGUGGGUAAACUUUGUAAGAUAAAUGAUGUCUAUACAUGUUUCAACCUGUUCAAUGAGUAAUCAGCAAAAUCUGCCAUAUAAAGAUUUUGUCUCUGAAUAAACCAGAAGUGUUUGCCCACAUGCCAAAUCAUCCAUGUUAAAUGUAAAUCCUUUUUAGUGUUUAAUGUCUGUUCUCAUAAGCAGGUGUAUUAUGAUGAAAUAUGUACCAAUUCUGUCAUCACUGUGAUCUUUAAAAAUCUGUGUUUAACAGUAUUAUUGAGGAACUAAGUUGAUUUUUUAUUUGCCAUAAACCAAGCAAAAUUAAAUGCAGUAAUUUCAAGAGAUUUAUGGCAAAUGAAUUUGAGGUAUGGAUAAAUCUUUCAAAUAUUUUUAUUGCUCUUCAAUAAAGAAGGUCUCAAGGAAGAAAAUUCCCAACUCCCUCGUGUUAUCUCAGUGUUGCUACUGCAGACAAGCAACAAUGCUUGCUUGUGCAAAUUUAUGGCUUACUGUCAAAGCUGCAUUCUUGGCUGCAUGUUGAAAAUGUGAUUAAAGUUAAUAGAGGAGAUGAAAUAAGUAUUUGAGAUUUCUUUCAAUAACACUGAACUUCUGCCAACUUUCUCUGUCUGCUACUGUAGGCUUGACAGGUUCAUCAAUCAUCCCCUGGUACCUGGCUAAAAAGAGCACUUGCUGACACUAAAGCAUGUUGGAAUUUUCUUAAUUCUCUUUCAGUGGAUGGAAAAAAAAAAUACUUCCAAAAAUAGCCCACACAUGAGAAGGGAGGAGAACCGUAAAUGAAAAUUCCCUUUGUACUGUAGGCAGUUUUUGGAGUGCUAUUAAUUGCCAAUGCACCAUUGAACAGAUGCAGUCGCCAAGAAAUCAGGACUGAGUCUUUGAGAGAGAACGUACUUUGAAGCGUGGUUACUCAGCUUGUGCAGCAAAGGUUUCCGAUAGUGUUUGUUCAUCUCGUAUGAAUAAUAUGUUACCAUAUAAAUUUGUAUAUAUUAUAUAAGGAUCUAAGAGGCUUCUUAAGCCAAAAUGAAUUGAUGUGCUUUUGGGCUUUAAACAUUAAGAUACUAAAUUUUCUUUAUAACUUUGUUAAUCUUUCCUCUUAGUAUUUUUAGUGCACUUUAGAACACUGUCACUUAGGUUUCUCAGUUUACAAAUCAGUUUUGUAAAUUUUAAAUUUCAUUUAAAAUUUACAUAUAAAAAUUAACUUUAGUGAUUACAUAAUUUACAAAUUUUUUGCUGUUUAUGUUGUUGAGCAGAGAUAAUAUGGGUUCUGUGUGGCUCAUAGGAUUAUUUUUUAAUGGCCAAAUUAAAUGACAUUCUGUCAUAUAAAAGCAUGGUAGCACAAUAUUUUCAAGUUCUGAGUAUUUUCUAUUUUUAUGAUUUCUUUUACGACUUUUUUUUCAUUUCUUAACGUAAUUUUCAAAUUCUGUUCUUACUGUUAACUUCUGCUUUAAUUGGAUUGUGGUCAGAGAAUAGGUUAUAUAAGACUGAUAAGGUGAAAUUUGUUGAGAUUGCUUUAUGAACUAAAGUGUCUGUUUUUUUAAGUAUUUCAUUAGUACUUGAAAGUAUGCAUAUUUUCCAGUUGUUGGCUGUCCAUUAGGACAAACUUGUUCACUUGUGUUGUUCAAAUUGUCAAUUUUAAUGUUGUUUUCCUUCUACUUGAUAUCUCAGAUUCUGAGAUGUGUUGAAAUUUCCUACACUGGUGGAUUUUCUAAUUCUCCCUGUAGUUCUGUCAAUUUUGUUCUAUACAUUUUGAACCUUUGUUAUUAGUUACAUCUAAGUUUAGGCAUUUUAAUCUUCCAAAUUUAGAAUUUAAUCUUUUAUUUAUAGUCAUAGUCUCUAUUUCUAAUAAAUGCUUUUAUGUCAUUUUGAUUUAAAAUGUAGUUUUGUGGGUUUUUUUUUUUAAUUUACAGUUUUAAAAAUUACAUAGGCUGCCCUAGCUGGCUAGUGUUGAAGGUAUAUAUUUAUCCUUCUUUUGUACUUUUCUGGUAUAUUUUAGAUAUACCUCUUGAAAGAAAAUUGCAACUAGGUAAUUCCAUUAUUCACUUUUUCUUUUCUGUAAAUGUAUUAAAUGUGCUUAUUUUAUGCUCUGAAUAUGGUAAUCGCAAUUUUUUUUUUUUACGGAUCUGAACCUACAGUUUGUUGUUUUGUCUGAAACAAUAAGUUUAUGGUGACUUGUUUUCUAUAUGAUCAGUGAUUUUUUAAUUGUGAGUUCAUACUCCUCUAAACUUUAUUUUGGGGAAUUUUUUUUGUGUGUGUGUGUGUGAAAAUAUAUACCUGCAGAGAAAUAGGGUUUUUCUUUUUCUAGCACACUGGUCUAUUUCUUGUGUCAUUACUGGCCCUGUACCACUUGAAAGUCAGUUUCACCUUGGGCUUCCUGCCCCUCCUUCCCCUGUCCUCCAGGGCAUGCAUGCACAUGUGCCCACACAUUUAUGCACACAUAGUGUGAAUUUCAUCCUUAAACAUGUGAGUGUUGGACUGUGAAAAGGCAUUCCCAGGGGAGAUCUGCCACCUUCACAGCUCUCCUCAGAGUUUAGAAGAAAGGAAGAUGUACAUGUUCUCUAGUUCACUUGCUAAGAGUGCUUCCCUCUGGGGGUGCAACAACCCUAUUUUUCAUCCAGCUCAGCCCCUAUUACGAACUGAAUUGUGUUCCCCCGCAAAUUCAUAUGUUGAAACCCUAACCCCCAGUGUGCCUGUAUUUGGAGAUGGAGCCUUUAGGAAGGUAAUUAAAGUUAAAUGAGAGCAUAAGGGUGGGGCCCUAAUCCCACAGUAGUGUCCUUAUAGGAAGAGGAAGAGAAGACAGAGCUCUCUCUUCACCUGUGCACAGGAAAAGGUCAUAUGAGGACAGAACAAAAAGGCAGUGAUCUGUAAGCCAGGAGGAGAGGCCCCAUCAGAAAUGGAAUUCUCUAGCACCUUGAUCUUUGGACUGCUUUUAGUUUUCUAGAACUGUGAGAAAAUAAGUUUCUUUUGCUUAAGCUACCCCGUCUGUGGUAUUUUGUUAUGGCAGCCAAAGCAAAUUAAUAUAGCCCCAGACCACGUGAUUCCUGUCCCUCAUGUCGUCAUAGCUAUUUAAUACUGAGACCCUUCUAGGACAAAGGGAUGAGGAGAUGCCUUUAGGGCAAAUUACCAGUGUAAUACCUAAAUGUCACUUCCUAAUCUACCUUCAGUUAUUUUCAUUAAUUUGCCAUGAACCCAGCCAUAAGUGAAAUAUAUGGUUAAAUUUUUUCUAGCAUUUUUGUUGUCCAGUACCUGAGAUUUUUCUAUACAGAAAUGGCAUGUUAGACAAGUAUAUGUUUAUUUUAUUAUAUUAAAAUUUCCCCCAAAAAGAA